AUGGCAUCUACAAGCAAAGUGGACCUAUCUGGAGAAGACGAAGAGGAGCUCGAAAGGUUUGAUGAUUUUACGCUCGCCUCUUCUUGGGAAAGGUUUAUUUCUGAAAUAGAGGCAGUCUGUAGGCAGUGGCAUGCCAAUGGUCCAAAAAAUUUACUGGAAAAGGGUGCGGUUAAGUUGGAUUUUUCGCAGAAGUUAUAUAAGGUUAAAUUCGAGUUGAAAUACGCGUUGAAAAGCUAUAACAUCGAGUAUUAUUUUGAAACUAGCAGCGGAGGCAAAAUUGUGGAUGGGAAUAGUACAUUGCAUGAUUUACAGUUAUGCUUUGGAGUGAAGGAUUUUGUGGUUAUUGCUCCUCAAAGUGUUAGUGGUGUGGUUCUUGAUUCACCCGAGGCUUCUAAGCUCUUAAGUGCAGUUGCAAUUGCUUUGACAAAUUGCUCCAGCUUGUGGCCAGCUUUUGUUCCAGUUCACGAUCCUUCUAGGAAGGCUUAUAUUGGAAUUCAAAAUAUGGGAACUGUUUUUACUAGAACAUUUGAGGCUGAUCGUAUUGGUAGUCAGGUUCCUGUAAAGCUCAUGCAUUUGGAAGGGUUAUAUGAGUUGUUUGUCUCUAAAUUUAAUAGUCAGAUAAUUCGUGCUCUUGAUAUGCCUGCUGUUUCUUUCGUGCAUAUACUUGUUGCCUACUCUACACUGGACUUUGCUAUGCAUCUUUACAAAGUUCAUUUUAUAAUGACAUCAACCUAUAGAAUCAUUCACCACGAUGAUGAUGAUCUCCAAAGUCUUGGUAGUGAAAAAGAAGAAUAUGGGGAGAAUCAUGGUAGUGAGACCCACAAUAAAUCUCAGUGGGAUGAUGAUUGCCCAUGGAGCGAGUGGUUUUCUGCAGAAGACCCAGUAAAAGGACUUGAAUUGACUGCCACAUGGUCUGAGAAGAUGGUUGAAAGCUCUCUUGAAAUGGCUGAACUUGAAAAUGCCUCGCCUCAUGAAGCUGAGAAGUGGAUGAUUCUUCCAAUUCUGUCCCCAAAUCUUGAUAGUUCAGAAGGAAACAGAAUUGGCUAUGCUUCUCAAUUGCACCUUUUGGUUGAUGCUCUAAAUAUGUCAGUUGAUGCCCAAUUUAUUGAAGAUUUUGUGUCAGCAGUUGAAAACUCCGGGUCUAAUAAUCUCAAAUCCUCAAUGGUUGUACCGCCACCUACUGUUCUUGAUCGUGUGUUCAAAGAUCUUUUUCACGAGGGGUCUCAAGUGAUUGCUUUUGCUAAAGGUGAGCAUAAGAUUUCUCGAGCUAUUAAGGGCGCACCAUUUGGAUCUCUUUUUGCACUGUUUUGCUUGCAUGCUCUAUGGGUGGGGACCUGCAAUAUACGUGCUAUUGCUGUGCUCUGGAUAGAGUUUAUUCGAGAAGUUCGUUGGUGCUGGGAAGAGUCACAGCCUCUUCCUAAAAUGCAGCCCAAUGGCUCAAUUGACCUAUCAACUUGUUUGAUUAACCAGAAAUUGCAAAUGCUUGCUAUAUGCAUUGAGAAGAAGUGCGAAAUGAAUGAAGACUUCCAAGAUUGUGUAGGCAGCAAUGAACAUUCUUACGAUCAUAUGGAGGAAGACAGUCCAGUUGGGGACAAGAUAACCAAUAAACAAAUACAUGGUGAUGAGUUUGAUGGGAUUCGAGACAGCCCUUUGAUACAGGAUGGUUUGCAUGGGAGUGGCACGACCUCAAGGCCUAGCAUGAAGCAUGGAGAUACCGUGUCUGUUGAUUUGAAAUCUUCUGAUCAUAAAAGGAGGGGCUCAGCUGGUGUUGUGGGGUCUAUGAAACUUCUGAAGUCGUAUCAGAGCAUGCAUGCCCCUUUCACACAGGUUGCUCCACUUAUGACAGAAGACAUGCAUGAAGAAAGACUGCAGGCUGUUGAAGCAUUUGGGAAUUCUUUUCUUCAUGCAAUUUCAUUGCAGAACUUCUCUGCCCAGUUGGAGAAAGAUAUCUUAUCCUCAGACAUGUCAGCAUUCAAAGCAGCAAAUCCAGAUGCUGUUUUUGAAGAUUUUAUUCGGUGGCAUUCACCGGGUGAUUGGGAGAGUGAUGAAAAGGAGGAAAGUGGAUCAUCUAAAAGUCCAGCAACAAAGGGUUUGAAGGAUGAUUGGCCACCUAGUGGACGACUUUCACAACGGAUGUCUGAGCAAGGGAAUUCGUGGCGAAAGAUUUGGAAUGAUGCUCCUGCUUUGCCAUUGUAUGAGCAGAAACCUCUACUAGACCCCUUUCGAGAAGGAGAGAAGAUCCUUCAUUACUUGGAGACAUUGCGGCCUCAUCAACUGCUUGAGCAGAUGGUUUGUACCACCUUCAGAGCAUCAGCUGACACAUUACACCAGACUAAUUUUGGAGGCUUGAAGCAGAUGACAGCAAAAAUGGAGCAACUGUACCGUACUAUGGCAUCCACAUUGAAGCCAUUGCAAACAAAUCAUAUAUCUGGCAACAGUGAGACCAUCGAAGACCUAAGACGCCUUUGUGUUAUCUUUGAACAUGUUGAGAAGUUGCUUACUCUUGCAGCUUCUCUUCAUCGGAAGUUCAUGCAGGCUCCACGCCUUUCUGAAGCAAUUUUCACCGACUACUACAACUUUUAUCUUCCAAGAAUGGGAACAGGGUCAACAGGCUCUCAAGAUGUUGACGAAAAGGAGUUUGAUAUCAAGUAUCAAGUAAUGACGCGUGAGAGGCAGUGUGUAUCAAAUAUGUUCUCUCCACCUACUGCUAAUCAGUCAUGGAGAAAAGUGUUAAGUAUGGGUAAUCUUCUAAACGGUCAUGAACCUAUUGUCAGGGAGACAAUAUUUUCAGUGCGUGAUAGCUUGAGCAAUAAUCAUUAUGCAGCCCACAAUCCAAGAGGUCUUCAACAAGAAAUAGAGACAUAUCGUAUGUAUAUAUGUGGAACCUCAAAUGAUCUUCGUAGGCUAUUGCUGGGUGAUCCUCACAGUUUCCUUCACCAUGGGUGCAAUGGCUAUAAGACGCAUGGCUUCCAAAAAUAUGCCAAGGAAUGA